AUGAAUCCCCAAUUAUACCAUCCUGCAACACUGUUGCAAUAUGUCGCCAUUCUCUCAGCAAUAUACGUGUUCUUCAAUGGCCCUUUCUCCGGCGUCUCACAAGACCAAUCCACCUCCGAGGAGAGCGUUGACAUCCCUCUAUCCCAAGAAAAGGCAGGACAGCUGGUCUAUCCGGAUUCGGCGUUGCAGUGCGACCCUCACUUUUAUGGAGUCCACAUCUUCUCGAGAAGUCCUCUGAUAAUAUACAUACCUGACUUUUUAUCAAAAGCGGAGUCAAAGCAUAUGAUAGAGAUCAGUGAAGACAAGUGGCAACCCUCGACAAUCUACAAGAACAAUGUCGAAAGCUCAGACACCAGUGUUCGCAAAUCUGAAAAGGCCAUGAUUGAACGCGACACCACGGUCCAAUGCAUCGAACAACGUGCUCUGGACUUUCAAGGUUGGCCUUUCGACACCUUCAUCGAACGAUUGUGGACACAGAGAUACACGACAUCGGGACACUACUCACACCAUUACGAUUGGGCCUUUGCGUCAAAGACAGCACACCGUGUCAGUACAUUCAUGGUCUAUAUCGAAGCCAACUGCACCGGUGGAGGUACAAACUUCCCAUUGCUCGUCAGACCAAAAGACAAGCGUUGGUGUGAGUUUAUAGACUGCGAGGAGCCUGAAGAGAAUGGUGUUACCUUCUUGCCAAAGGCUGGCGCUGCCGUGUUUUGGGAAAACUUUGACGUUGACGGCAAGGGAUGGAAGCAGGGUCUUCAUGCUGGUAUGCCUGUACAUAGUGGUGUCAAGAUCGGCUUGAACAUCUGGAGCUGGUAA